GUGUCCUUUAUCAGAAUGAUUUGCGUUCGCUCGCAAAUCACACAUCGGUUGAUUUGAGUAAAAACAGACUCCGAAAUGUCGUAUUGUGUUGACUGUUUAAUAGUUUAGAAAGCCUUGAAGGGUACAAUUUGUAAUUAGAAUUUACGGCUGGAUCGUUUCGUGUAAAAAAUGGCAGUGGACAGAAUUAUAUGGAAAAUAUUAUUGGACUUUAUCGUUUUAGCAUGCGUGGCUCUACCCUUACUCCUGAUAUAUCUGUUCGCGGAACCUUUUCACCGUGGGUACUUCGCAGACGAUGACUCCCUGAAACUUCCCUUCAAAGAGCAAACGAUAUCUGAAAGCCUGCUGGCGAGUCUGGGCUUUGCUUUAAAUGUAGUAACAAUAAUAAUAAUGGAGCUGGUACGUGACAAGCGGGGUAAGGGUAUUGGAGACAAGUUCGUAUCUGGCACAUUAUUUCCUGGCUGGGUUUGGGAGUCUUACUGCGCUAUUGGCGUGUUCACAUUUGGUGCAGCCUGCCAACAACUUACAGUCAAUUCAGCCAAAUACGUCAUCGGAAGAUUAAGACCUCAUUUCUUUGAUGUUUGCCAGCCAAUACCAAACAACGCUUCAAAUACAAUGGGCUACAUCCAAGACUUCACCUGUGUGGGUGCGGACGCCGCCCAUCUGAAGGACAUGAGGCUAUCAUUUCCCAGCGCUCACUCCAGCUUCGCUAUGUACAGCGCUGUAUUCUUCAUAUUAUACGUUCAAGUGAAGGGUAAGUGGCGCGGGUCAAAGCUCCUCCGCCACGCCGUUCAGUUCGCGGUUCUCAUGGCCGCCUGGUACGUGGGGCUUUCUCGUGUGGUGGACCAUAUGCACCACUGGAGCGACGUGGCAGUGGGUUUCGCUGUCGGAGCUGUGUACGGAAUCAUAGUGUUCAUAUUUGUAUUAAAACCGAAGAAGUAUGGAGAUCCAACAUGGGAACCGCCUCCUCCUGAGAUGUUGCCACGACCCGUGCUCUCGAGAUGAAUAAAAAAUGGUCACCUACUACUCCACUAUCAUCAUCACGACCUGAUUUCAAAUAUAUUAAUUAAUAAUAAGACAAAUAUCUAUAACAUUCAAACAGGCCAUAUAUGUUAAUGCUGUUCCAAAAACUUUUGUCACGAUGAAUCCAACGAAACAAGAUAAUUCAAAUAUACAAACUAACACAAGUUGUGCGCAGCGGAUACCUGUAUUCAUAUCACUCGGAUAUCUACGGAUAUCUGAGCUAAGUGAAUGAUCCGUAUCCUUUAUUUUAUUUGGCGAAACUUUUAAGGAGCAUUUAUAUUAUUAAUUCUCUAUACAUAGAUAUAUCUCUAUAUAUAGGCGAUGAUCUAAUAUAAUAAAUAAAUAAAACGAAUAAUCCCUGUAAUAUCACGGAAAGCAAGUGUUGACAAAAUUUAUCUCCUUUCGUUGGCUUUUACUAUGCAUAAGAUAGGAUAUUAUAAAUGAAAACAAUCAACAGGGUAUAGUUAAAUUUUUCUUUGUACUGUCGAUCUUGAGAUCCUUAUAUAUAGGUACUAAUAAAUAUGGGAUGAAUUUAUUAUCUUUAUAUUAUGAUGUGAUAUUAAAACUUAAUAGUGUUAAUAAAAAUAAUUUAUUUUAAAAUACAGGAUGACAUUCACGCUUCAGUACCGUAUUUAUUGACGGGAGCCAAGUUUGCAGACAUUAUUUAUUUUUCUUAUUUAUUUAAUGUUUAUAUGAUUAUUUAAAAGUUAUACAUAAUUACAGAAAAUAAAUAUUACUAAGACA